CUCCAUAUUAAGGCCAAGCGAACUAGCCCUCCGCUCUUACAACUGAAACGAGACAGCCUCGGUCUUCAGUUCUUGAAUUGCAGCUUGCUUCUACUAGGGUUUUGGUUUCUUUGUGAGUGAGCUUAUUCAUUUCACCAGGAGAGAGGAUGGGCUUGGAGGGGAAGCUAGACUUUGAAGUAGAGAUUCAGUCGUCGGCUGAUGAGUUCUACCACAUCUGGAGGAACCAGAUUUACCACCUGCCGAAUGUGAGCUCCGAUGCAAUACAGAGCGUGCAGCUCCAUGAAGGCGAAUGGCACUCGGAGGAUGCCGUCAAGCUCUGGAACUACACCCUAGAAGGGAAGGCAUUGACGGCCAAGGAGAGAGUUGAGGUGGACGAUGCAAACAAGGUACUCACCUUCAACAUAAUAGGAGGGGAUCUCCUGGAAGAGUUCAAGACCUUCAAGGCAAUCGUCAAGACGAUUGCGAAAAGCGACGGCCGUGGAAGUUUAGUGAAGUGGACUCUGGAGUACGAGAAGCUGCACGAAGGCGUCGCCAACCCUAAUGCCUACAUAGAUCUCGAAGUCAAGCUCACUAAGGACGCAGAUGCUCAUCUCAUCAACAAUGCGUGAGUGAUUCGUGGUGUUCUUAGGGCAAAAUGAUAUCUCUGCGUCUUGUGUGUUUGUGGAUUUAUACACGUGCUUGCCUUGCAGAGCUAAAAUAAACUUCUUGGUGUGGCUUUUGGUGAAUUCAUGUACGUCGAAAGGUACAAUGUCUGUGCUAUGUCUGUGUUCCUAUGUUUGGGUUCGAGGAAACUGUGUUCCAUGUGACUUCUGUAAGACUCGUGAAGUGGCUUCAAAAGUGUUUUGUCCCUUUUUGAAGUUGAACGGAUUUUCAAAUCCUUGCAGCCUA